CAGUUUAUAAAAUUAUAUUAAAGAUCUGAAUAAAAGAAGAGUGAUUUUGUACAUUUUGCACAUUUUCAUAGAAAAACUUGAAAGCAAUUUAGUUUUUGCAACAGAUAAUGAAAAAUAAUAAAUAAUACUAUUUACUAAAAACCAAAAAAAGUGUGUGCUAUGUAAAUUUCUCGAUUAUCAAUUUUAACCUAUAAAUGAUGAUUUUCAUAUAAUUUUCUUGAAUUUAAUUUAUAUAUAUAUAUAUAAUAUUUAUAUUAUUUUAACUUAAUUGUUAUCCUUUUUAUUUGAAAGUGCUUUUAUAAUAUAGUAAUAAUGGCGAGUGUAUCGUAUCAAAUAGCGAAUCUUCUUGAAAAGAUGACUUCUUCAGAUAAGGAUUUUCGUUUUAUGGCAACUAAUGAUUUAAUGACUGAGUUACAAAAGGAUAGUAUUAAAUUAGAUGAUGAUUCUGAAAGGAAAGUGGUACGGAUGCUGUUAAAAUUACUUGAAGACAAAAAUGGAGAAGUGCAAAACCUUGCUGUCAAAUGUUUGGGUCCACUAGUGAAUAAAGUCAAAGAAUACCAGGUUGAAACAAUUGUUGAAUCUCUUUGUACAAACAUGGUUUCUGAUAAAGAACAGCUAAGAGAUAUUUCAAGCAUUGGACUAAAAACUGUUAUUGCAGAACUUCCUCAAGCAACUGGCGGUCUAUCUGGUAAUAUAUGUAAAAGAAUUACUGGUAGGUUAACAACUGCAAUUGAAAGACAAGAAGAUGUAUCUGUACAAUUAGAAGCAUUAGAUAUAAUAACAGAUUUAUUGCUUAGAUUCGGUCCAGUCUUACAAGCAUUUCAUGGCUCUAUUUUGACAGCGCUUUUACCUCAAUUAUGCUCUCAACGUCAAGCUGUUAGAAAACGUACUAUAAGUGCAUGUAGUAAUUUGGUACUUUCUUGUAAUAAUACAUUGUAUACUAAACUCAUUGAACAUCUCUAUGAUGGUUUAUGUUCAGAUAAAAACAGUUCUCAGGUUAGAACUUAUGUUCAGUGUGUUGCUGCAGUCUGUCGCCAGUCAGGGCAUAAAUUUGGUGAAAAUAUUGAAAAAUUUGUACCACUAAUCUUAGAAUGCAGCCAAGUAGAUGAUGAUGAACUUAGAGAAUUUUGUUUACAAGCAUUUGAAAGUUUCAUUAAUCGAUGCCCAAAAGAAAUUUCUAAACAUAUACUCUCAAUCACAGAAUUAUGUUUGAAAUAUAUGGUGUACGAUCCUAAUUACAAUUAUGAUGAAGAUGAAAGUGCAAAUGGUGAAAAUGAUCCAUAUGAUGAUGAUGAAGAAGAUGAAGAAAAUGAUGAGUACAGUGAUGAUGAUGAUAUGAGCUGGAAAGUUAGAAGAUCAGCAGCGAAAUGCUUAGAAGCUAUUAUUUCUACAAGACAUGAACUACUUCCAGAGUUUUAUAAAGUCCUAUCUCCUGCUCUUAUUGCUAGAUUUAAAGAACGAGAAGAAAAUGUCAAAUCAGAUAUUUUUCACGCAUAUAUUGCGUUACUUAAACAAACUAGAUCAACUGUUAAUGUAAAUUUGGAUCCCAAUGCAAUGGUUAUGGAUGAUGAAGAGGAAACAGCUAUGUCUCUUCUACAACAACAAAUAGAAUUACUUGUGAAAGGUGUACAGGGUCAAAUGCGAGAGAAAAGCAUCAAAACUAGACAAGACUGUUUCCAAUUGCUUAAAGAAGUUUGCACUGUAUUGCCAGGUGCCUUGAGUACUCAUAUUGGGGAAUUGAUACCUGGUAUACUGUAUUCACUUAGCGAGAAAAAUGCCAGUAGCAACAUGAAGAUAGAUGCAUUAUCUUUUAUUUAUUGUUUGUUGACCAGUCAUCAACCUCAGGUUUUCCAUCCAUAUAUUAGCAUUCUUCUACCCCCUGUAAUUAAUGCUGUUGGUGAUAAUUUCUACAAAAUUACUGCUGAAGCAUUGAAUGUAUUACAAGAACUUGUGAAAGUCAUCAGACCUUUGAAUACCAGUCCUAGAAAUUCCGAAUUUGAUUUUACCCCAUUCACCAAAGAUAUUUAUAGUUGUACAUUGUUGCGAUUGAGAACUGCAGAUAUAGAUCAAGAAGUCAAAGAAAAAGCAAUAUCUACUAUGGGACAGGUGAUAUGUAACUUGGGUGAUCAUUUAAAAACUGAAUUACCACAUUGUUUACCUUUGUUCCUAGACAGAUUGAAAAAUGAAAUUACUAGACUUACUACUGUAAAAGCUCUGACUAAAAUUGCGGGAUCACCUUUGGAAAUUGAAUUGCCUAUAUUGCCAGAAGCUAUGCCAAUUUUAGGACUGUUUUUGAGAAAAAAUCAGAGAGCUCUCAAAUUGACAACAUUACAAUUGAUAAACUGUUUGAUAACAAAUUACCAUGAUGACCUAAAUGAAACUCUGCUACAUCCCAUUGUAGUGGAAAUACCACCGCUGUUAGAUGAGUCAGAUCUACACAUUGCACAGUGGACUCUUAUUAUUUUAAAAUCAAUUGCUGUGUAUCACCCCAGAGCCUUACAGAACAUUAAUGACACCAUUAUGCCUCAAAUUAUGGUGCUUGUGAAAUCUCCUUUACUGCAGGGUACAGCCCUACAGUCAAUGUUAGACUUUUUCAAGGCUUUAGUUCAGAGUAAUCUUCCUGGUUUAAAUUAUGAUUCAUUAUUGAGACUGUUAUUAAUGCCAAUAAUGAACCUUUCGAGCAACUCACCUGCUACGUUACAUAAACAAGCUUUUUAUUCUUUGGCAAAAUGUGUUGCUGCUAUCACAGUUACUUUUCACUCUCACGCACUUCCUGUUAUCCCACAAUUUAUCAACGAAAUUCAAACUGCAAGCACUGACUCGAAGCAAAUAUUUGCAUUGCUAGUUGUAGGUGAAAUCGGAAGAGAAAUUGAUUUAACUUCAAUUCCCAAUUUAAAACAAGUCAUAUUUCAAUCAUUUUCUGCACUGUCUGAAGAAGUAAAAUCAGCUGCGAGCUAUGCACUAGGUAGUAUAUGUAUUGGUAAUUUACAACAGUAUUUGCCUUUCAUAUUAAAAGAGAGUCAGGAUCAGCCAAAAAGACAAUAUUUGCUGUUACAUUCUUUAAAGGAGGUUAUAACAUGUUUAUCCCAAACUCCUGAAGGAAUUAACCAAUUGCUUCCGUUCGUGACUCCUAUAUGGCAACAAUUAUACAGACAUUGUGAAUGCGUUGAAGAAGGAACAAGAAACGUCGUAGCAGAAUGUCUUGGAAAAUUAACCUUAAUAGAUCCUACAAAUGUUUUGCCAAAGCUUAAACGUUCUUUAAAUUCUCCAUCGCCUCUAACUCGAACCACUGUUGUUACUGCAGUGAAAUUUACCAUUUCUGAUCAGGCAACUUCAAUUGAUCCAUUAUUAAGACUAUGUAUUGGGGAAUUCUUAAAUACCUUACAAGAUCCUGAUUUAAAUGUCAGAAGAGUGGCAUUAGUAGCAUUCAAUACAGCUGCACAUAAUAAACCGUCUCUUAUUAGAGACCUACUAGACACUACUUUACCUCAACUAUAUGGAGAAACAAUAAUCAAGAGAGAUUUAAUCCGAGAGGUAGAAAUGGGUCCAUUUAAACAUACAGUAGAUGAUGGAUUGGAUAUUAGAAAAGCAGCCUACGAGUGCAUGUACACCUUGCUGGAUUCUUGUCUAGACAAAGUAGAUAUCUUUGAAUUUAUUAAUCACGUAGAAACUGGUUUGAAAGAUCACUAUGACAUCAAAAUGUUGACCUAUCUUAUGGUUGCUAGACUCUCUCAAAUAUGUCCUGGAGCAGUUUAUCAAAUGUUAGAUAAGCUAGUUGAACCUUUAAGAGCUACAUUAACAAUGAAAGUUAAAGCGAAUUCAGUCAAACAAGAAUACGAGAAACAAGAUGAACUGAAAAAAUCAGCAAUGAGAGCUGUAGCUGCUCUUUUGCGCAUACCAGAUGCAGAUAAAAAUCCACAUCUUAAUGAAUUCGUUAGCCAAAUCAAGGGUUCUCAAGAUUUAGCUCCAAUUUUUGAGUCUGUGCAAAAAGAUUCUUCAAGUUCCCAUAGCGACUGUCUUUUAAUGGAUCAAAGUUAAAUACCCAUUACUUUUUAUAUUACUUUCUGAAAUUUGUAGAGGCGUUCGUUCUUAAUGAUAUUAUGUAAAUUCAAUCAAUUAAACAUUUUUAUUUCGUGA